AUGCUCAGACUGCCCGACUACCACUGGGAAGAGUACGUGGACGGUACGCUAGUGCCGGUGUGCCGUACCGAGGCGUUCACCGUGUGGCCGGUGAUGUUCUUCGUCGGCACAAUAUCGGUGUUCUUCGUGGUGCCACUGUUCGUGCUGUCCGUGCUGUACGUGAUCAUCGCCCGGCACCUGAUGGCCAACCCGGGAACGGUGGCGCCGAACACCAACCGCGCAGCGCUCCGGUACCGCCGGCAGGUGGUGCUCAUGCUGGGCACCGUGGUCGUGUCGUUCUUCAUGUGCUUGCUGCCGUUUCGGGCGCUCAUCCUGUGGAUCAUCCUGGCGCCGCCCCACUACAACAUCAUGGAGAUGCUCGGCGUCAAGAACUUCUACUUGCUGCUGUUCUUCAGCCGGAUCAUGCUGUACAUAAACUCGGCACUCAACCCCAUCCUGUACAACCUGAUGUCGUCCAAGUUCCGGGACGGGUUCCGGCGGCUGUGCGGCCUGCGCCGCGGCCCGUGGGCCAACCGACAUCUGGGCCGCAAGGGCACGGUGACCACGACGUCGGCGCACGCGGGCGGUUCGGCCACCGGCGGCACCACCACCACCACCACCACCGCCUCGUCAAGCGUCAAGAGCGACGGGGGUGGCAGCGACCGGAGGACGUCGGCGGCCACGGCCAACGUUUACGCCCGGAUGAAGCACAACGGCGUCACCGUCGUAUCUCGGGUCGAGCCUAGCAACCGGACGUCCGGCGGUGGCGGCCGGCACAUCAUCAAGCGGUUGAACAUCACCACGGCGGGCAUACUGAAACUCCAUCAGCCGCACGAGAGUUACGUCUGA